UAAUAAUAUAAAACUUAUACAUAUGACAAUUCCAUAAGAAGCGUAGCAGUUUGUAUCCCGAGUACAUGGCUUUUCUUCUCCGAUUUUCACACUCAUUAUUCAUUUCAUUUUUUCUCUUUCGAUUCUGCACCCCAAUCGACACCAUAAUUCCAACUCACGCCAUCGAUGACGGUGAAACCCUAGUUUCAGCCGGGAAGAAAUUUGUAUUAGGGUUCUUCAGCCCCAGCAAUUCAAACAACCGUUAUAUUGGCAUAUGGUACAACAACGUCCCGGAGCAAACGGUCUUGUGGGUUGCCAACAGAGAAAACCCGCUUCCAAAUUCAUCCGGUGUACUCGCAAUCAUCAACGGUGAUCUAGUACUCUUGGAUGCAAGGCGUGGUACUGUGUGGUCGGCAAUGAAUGACUCAAAUGUCACAAAUUAUUCAAGUGCAAGGCUACUGGAUUCAGGUAAUUUAGUGUUAAGUGAUAAUGAAGGGAGGGUAUUGUGGGAGAGCUUUGAUCAUCCAACCGACACAUCGUUACCAGGCAUGAAACUCGGCGUGGACAGGAGAACCAGCAUAGACCGGUACCUAACAUCAUGGAAGUCCCCCAAUGAUCCAGCACACGGGGAAUUCUCAUUCCGGCUUGAUUCACAAGGCCUGCCCCAGUACAUUCUAUGGAAGGGAUCAGAACGGGUUUGGCGAAGCGGGCCGUGGAACGGGCAGCGGUUCAGUGGCGUGCCGGGGAUGAAUCUAAACUUCAUAUUCAAUUUCCGUUACGUUGCCAAUGAAUACGAGACUUACUUCACGUAUGAUCUCUACAAUGCGUCGGUUAUCUCAAGGAUGGUGUUGAAUGGAUCCGGUGAACUCCAACGACUGACAUGGAUAGAUAGGAACCAUCGAUGGAAUCUGUUCUGGGCCAUCCCGGGGGAACGCUGCGAUCAAUAUGCUCAAUGUGGCACGUAUGCUGGCUGCAACGCGAAUCAGGCGCAGUCGUGUGAAUGUUUGCAUGGGUUCGAGCCCAGGUCACCUCAGGACUGGUAUUUGAGAGAUGGGUCGGAUGGGUGUGUGAGGAGAAGACCAUUGGAGUGUGAGAAGGGAGAUGGCUUCUUCAAGUUGGCACAUGCGAAGUUGCCUGAUACUCUGCACGCUCGAGUUGACACACGUGCCAGCCUGAAGGAGUGUGAAGAUCAGUGUUUGAAGAAUUGUUCUUGCACGGCUUAUUCUAGUGCUGAUAUUAAUGGAGGUGGGAGUGGGUGUAUGAUGUGGAGUGGAGAUUUAAUUGAUCUCGAGGUGUAUUCUGAUGGAGGGCAGGAUAUCUACGUACGUGUGGCUGCUUCUGAGCUAGAUUCCAAACGCCUAGUCAGCAAGAAGAGGAUGAUGAUUCUAAUAAUAACAAUCAUUUUGGGGGCGAUUCUCUUUGCUUUUUGUGGUUGUUGCUUGUGGCAGAGACAGAAAACAAGGGAAGGUAGCGGGGAAAAUGAAAGUAACCAUGGAAUCAAUGAAAUUGAGCUUGAAGAAAGUACAAGGGGAUCAGAAUUGCCAUUAUUCGAUCUACAUGUUGUAGCGGCCGCUACGAAUAAUUUCUCCAGUGAAAAUAAGCUUGGUGAGGGCGGGUUUGGCCCCGUAUAUAAGGGUAAGCUGAUGAAUGGUGAGGAAAUAGCGGUGAAGAGGCUUUGUAAGAAUUCUGGGCAAGGGAGUGAAGAAUUCAGAAAUGAGAUUUUGUUGAUUGCGAAACUUCAACACAGGAAUCUUGUUAGGAUUAUUGGCUGCUGCGCUCAAGGAGAGGAAAAGAUGUUGAUCUAUGAGUACAUGAGAAACAAAAGCUUGGACUGGUUUAUUUUUGAUGAAACAAGGAGAGUGUUACUGGAUUGGAGACAGCGGUUUAAUAUUAUCAUGGGGAUCGCUCGUGGGGUUUUGUAUCUUCAUCAAGAUUCUAGACUUCGAAUUAUUCAUAGGGAUCUGAAGGCCAGCAAUGUUCUUCUAGACAAUGAGAUGAAUCCUAGAAUCUCAGAUUUUGGUAUGGCAAGGUUAUUUGGUGGAAAUCAGACUCAAGCAAACACUAAUAGGGUGGUUGGGACAUAUGGCUACAUGUCUCCAGAAUAUGCCAUGGAUGGGCUUUUCUCCGUGAAAUCAGAUGUCUUUAGCUUUGGGGUAAUACUGCUAGAGAUCAUUAAUGGCAAGAGGAACAACAACUAUUUUAGUGACGAUCCUUCGCAGAAUUUGAUAAGAUAUGCAUGGGAGCUGUGGAAUGAAGGCAGAUGUUUGGAGCUGGUCGAUUCGUGGAUGCUCAGUUCUUGUCCCACUAACGAACUUCAAAGAUGCAUUCAAGUGGGGCUGUUGUGUGUGCAGGAAAAUGCAAAGGAUAGACCAACCAUGGCAUCUGUUGUUUUCAUGCUUGGUAUCGAUACAGCCAUGCCUACCCCUAAGCAACCUGCAUUCUGUGUUCAGAAAAGCUUCAACAGCAAAGACUCAUCUACCAGCAGAACCGGCUCAUGUACCAUCAAUGAAGUCAGUAUUACAGAUUUACAAGCUCAGUAGCGGUUGGAAGUCUCGGUGACUAGUUUUGUAUUCAUCAAUGAUAUUGAACUCUUCUAAGGGUGUGGUUUGAAAUGAGAUGUAAGAAAGAUGCAAUAUUUUUUGAGUAACUGAGAUUAAUGAGAGGUCGACAUUGUGGACAACCAACUCUACAAUAUGGAGCCGUUGUGCCCAUUUGAUUCCGGUCAAAGGUCUAAUGUCGAAAACUUUCCCUUAAUCUCUUCCAGAUAACAUUUUCCAGAACAUUGAGUAUUCUCUACUUAGGUGUUAUCUUAUCAAAAAAUCCAAAGAGUUGUGUUAUUUUCUGGUGAUGUUUGUAUGUAGAAAGUUGUGUUUGGUUGCUCCAAAUAUAGUGAAAUUUCAUGA